AUGACAGAAAGCGCUUCCUCCGUCAAGAAUGAAGUGUUGACAAGCCAGCAUCCCAUAAUUGUUCGAUUUGCUGGGGGAUUAAUUCAACCCACCAUCCCCAAAGAAAAUCUUAAACGAGUUGCCGAUAUCGCAACCGGAACAGGGGCCUGGUUGAUUGAUACCGCAAAGGAAUUAAAUAACCCAACGAAUACAUAUCAUGGGUUUGACAUAUCGGUGACAUCGUUCCCCUCAGAAAUCCCAAGUGACAUAGGAAAGAUUAGCUUCCUGGAACACAAUGCACUAGAACGCUUUCCGGUUGAGUUUCACGGUCAAUUUGACUUGAUAAACAUCCGUAUGGUUGUACAGGCAUUCAAAGCUGCUGAAGUACCAAAGUUGAUAUCAAACUUGAUGGAAAUUCUCCGGCCUGGUGGUUUCCUUCAAUGGGGAGAUCUGCUAUGGAAGGACACCGAAUCCGUUCCCCCCAAUGAUGGCCUUGAAGCGGUCAUGAAGCUCGGUCGUAAGCACAUGAAGUUUCAUGGUGUCACCGAAAACCUUCCUGCCCUUGUCGAAUCGACCAUGAAAGAAUUAGGGAUGCAAGAUGUAGUCUUGACAAGAAAAUCGGCGGAUGAUGCGGUGCCGCCUCUAAGUGUAAUAGAUGUGGAGAGUGCAUGCGUGCCAGCACUUCUAUCGGGGCUGCCGAAAUUUUUGGAGACGCACUUGAUCUCAGAGAACGAGCCUAUUGACAGUGCCGUGAUCGAAUCAAAAAGAGUUGAGCUAUCUAACCGUUUUAACGAGGCAUUUGCCAAUGGUUAUACUCUGAUUUGGUUCUUCUGUGUGGUUGUGGGGAGGAAACCCCUGGAAUAA